CGUGUACUUAGAAAAUCCAUCGCUCGUAUAUACACGGUUAUUAACCAAGCCCGGAAGCUCCACCAGAGAGAAAUAUUCAGUUCCAGGCGUUGGGUACCUAAGGAUCUAAGACCAAAGAAAACCAGGGCCAUCCGCCGCAGACUAUCCAGGAAGGAGCGCCGAAUGAAGACACCGAGAGCGCACAGGCUCGCUUCAGCAUUCCCUAGACUUCCCGGAUGUCUAUUCUCUCCAUUCUGCAUCUAUAAUCGCUCCAGGCAAACCCAAUUAGCGCCUCUGAGCUGCAAAUUGAGUUUGUCUCUUGGACUUUGUGUUCAUGAGUCCCCUAGUGACCCGGAAGCUAGUAUUGGUAAUAUUGGCAUUGCGCGAGUUUCAACACUUAUCUCGCGCCAAAGAACUCCGGCUACGACGCAAUUUGCUCCGCUCAGCAUGUAG